GGCGUAUCCCACAGAAUAUUUGUGGUGGACAAUAAAUAAACAACAAUAGUGAAGUAAACCUCUUGGUGUUUUUACUCUUAAUACAGGCAUGAUGAAUCCGAAUGCGAUCCCGUAUAAAGUAACCCUUCCAGUCGGAGAGAUAAGCAAGAGCGCUAGCGUUACAAGUAGCAGCCGGUCGCCACUUCUCCGAAGUGCAACGCUAACCUCUACUGACCGCCCUCGACAACUUCAGGGGACUAAAGAACAGCUUGAUAAAAACGAAAGGCAUCAGCUUCAACGCAAUCAACUAAAUACACCACAGAGUAGCUCAUCUGUUUCAUCGAGCUCAUUGGACCUUCUACAGCAGGACCAGCGGACUGCAGUGAUUCGUUACACCAGGGCGGAGCUUUUGCAAGUGCAGAAGGCGGUGCUGCAGGACGUCGCGCAGGGACCCAUUGUCGACAUGCCACCGUUCAAGGGAGUGCCCUUAUUGCUCACACCUUUUUUGAAGCUAGCGUAUGCGCUUGAAUAUAUCGAUGUGGAGGCAUCCAUAGCCCGCGCGCGCGAUGCUGGAACCCAAGGACACGAAAUUCCUUGCGGGGUGUCCGUUAUGGCAACCGGGGUAUCACCGGCGUCAGUUAUGCCCUCUUCCUCUCCAUUCUUGAUCGACUCUGUUGUGGAUCAGAAGCGCGCUAAAAAUAACAACACUCAUAGCCAUGAUCACUGCGGUGUGCGCACGCAUCCAUGUCUGAUAUGUAUGCAAGGAUGCAGUCCGUGUCCUAUGCUUAGCACCUUACUCCGGCAAAUCACCCAGCAGCUUCUCAGGGCGCGGCUUAGUGCGUGUUUGCUCCAGUCCAAUGAGGUCGUCUGGGCGCAGCUUCAGCUUGCACUUGUUUUUGAGGCCAAGAAAAGCUCCCUGCGAAUGCGCUUGCUAGCCGAGAAGCACCCCGAGGUCGUGCGCAAGGUUGCGGAAUAUCUUUACGGCGAGGGCUAUCAUCUACGCCUGCCUGCUGUGACUGCGCACGAUGAGUGGACUCAGCUCAUGAAAAUGCUCAAGUACGAUGCAAUUCGCGACAACGCCACGCGCAUCAAGACGGAUUUGUCGAAGCGCUGGAGGCGAUACCACACACCAUUCGAGCAGUUUGUGUUUUUCUUUUCUUUUCGCGAUGACAGACCAAAUGGUGCGGUUAGAAAUGUCGUGACGCGGUCUGUGAAGCCUGGUAUGGUGGCAAUAUUGACUGGUGACCUUGUGGCAAUGUAUCUUCUGCACAAACUCGGCUUUUUCAUUCCACCUGAUUACUAUUGGGAGGUGUUCCCCUUCAUGAAGCGUUCUGUGGGAAAGCAUGCUGCACCACAAGUCCUGGUGAGACACUUUGCCCUAUACUUGUCAUCAAAGCAGUGCCCUGAUAUCUACAAUCCAGUUGAAAAUCUUUGCAUGAAGAAAUAUACGGAAACCAAUUGGUCAAAAAGGUAAAGAAAGGUUACGUUAUUAGAAUGAUAGUUUCUAACCCUGAAAACCAUAGAAAUUUUAAAAAUGGCAUCUAAAUGUAACAAUAGGUGCUAACUCUUUAA